AUGGCGCUUACUUACGGGCAAACGUUCAUCCGACCGAUCAGGCUGAGCAGUGAACAGGCGCCUCAGGUCGCUAUGGAUGAAGAUCCCACCCAUUCUCAGCUGGAUGUGACGGUGUUGGGGGACGUCAGUCGAGAGGUCACCUACACAUCUGGCGGCGGCGACGACGUUCGGAAGCGGAAUGUGACCAUGUGGAAGAAGAAACGGUCAAUCACGGUGCAUGUCCACGUCGAAGAGACUUCUACUGGAACAUUAAGAGUGAUCAAGAAGGUCAAGCCUCAUAGCCCGCAAGUGAAAGACUGGCGUCCUGAGAUCCAGCUCAUGGGGAGGGCAUCCGAUGCAAGUAAAUACCAAUUCCCGUACCAGCUGCUCCAAGGCCUAGCAAAGCUGCAUGAAAUGGCCAUUACCCACAGGGACAUAAAGCCACAGAACAUCUUAGUGGUCACGAAGGAGUCACCCUUCCCGAAAUACCAAACUCUCGCCGAUCACUGCAGGGGAUUGGUGCCAUAUCUAGAGAUUUCGCUGACACGCCGGGGCAUCAGCCUCUCCGGCCGGCUAUUCAUCAAGAAGCUCAUGGUCCUCGAUUCUGCUGGCCGACCUGCGGCAUCUGUCGAACUUAUGUCGAACUGGGUUGUCACCGAGACGGCGGAUAUAUCGCCCAACGAGCUAGACUGGGACCGAGAAGAAUUCAUCAGCAGCGAGAAUGACAACGACAUCUUAUCAACGGAUGGCUGGCGAAACCACGUUGCGGCCGAGCAUACUCUCUUCUCUCCUAAUAACCCUUCAACAGACCAGCCUAGUACCACCAGUACAACCGCCGAAGACGACGUAAUAGUAUCAACGCCUUACCCUGUAUGUCUUCAGAGAAUCCUCCUAAUCAUGAACCAGGACUACCACACCUCCGAGCUAUGGCACAUCCUAGAGACACCGAUCACGGCCCUCCAUCUCGCCACAAGCACAGGUUCUAUCAACAGAGUUGAAAUCCUCCUCGAGUACGGCGCAAAGGGGUCGAUCCGCACCCAACCCCACGGCGAGACGGCGCUCCAUCUCGCAACAUUCAACUUCGACCUCGACAGAUAUUCGCGGUCGGUUUGGGCGUACGCCGUUAAUCCGAAUAUUGUGGAUAGUCAAGGGCGAACUGCGCUUCAUUAUGCUGCUGCUGCUUCAGGCAGAUUCAGCAGUGAGUUCAUCCACGACCUGAUCAAGAUCGGUGCGGACGUGAAUCAGGUGGACAAUAGUCUGAAAACACCAUUACAUGAAGCAGUCGAGGCAGGAAAAGGAAAAGUCAUUCGUGCGCUAGUAGAUGCUGGAGCGGAUACAAAGGUAGGAGAUCUCAGCUUCGAAGGACGCCUUCAGCGGGUGUUGUUUUGGGGAGGUAUAUCUGAGAAACUGCCGUGCCCGCUUGGGAGCAUCUAA